AUGUCUGAGACCAAAUCCAUCGAGGUUUCGCCCACAUCAACCACUCGAAAGUGGUUUGAUCGCUUCUGCUUUGUUCAGAAACGUCGAGACCCAACAUCUCACUCUCCAUGGCAAAAGCGAAGCAUAGUUGUGAUUAUUACUCUAUCUGCCUUUACUGCGCCAUUUGCAUCCUGCAUCCUCUUCCCGUCAUUCACGACCCUCGUCGACCACUUCCAUACGACACAGACCAAAGUCGCCCUGACAACAACUGUAUUCCUCCUAGGACUUGCAGUUGCUCCUUUGUGGUGGAGCACGCUUAGCCAAGAGUAUGGUCGCCGACCUGUGCUAGUUUUCAGCUUCCUCAUAUCGACUAUCGCCGUGAUCGUCUGCGCUGUGUCCAAUUCGCUUCCCUUGAUUAUUGUGUUUCGCCUCAUUGAAGCACUAGGCUGUUCAUCUGCUCAGAGUGUUGGAGCAGGUGUUAUCAGCGACAUAUUCACUCCGACUGAGCGUGGUUCGGCUCUAGGGUGGUUUUACCUCGGAACCCUGAUUGGGCCUAUGGUUGCCCCAAUUAUCGGAGGUGCUAUCCAAGUAUGGCUUGGUUGGCGAGCAAACCUGUACUUCAUGGCCAUCUUCACAUUCAGCACCGCGAUGCUUACGAUGUUGUGUCUUCCAGAGACACUGGUGAAACCUCCCACCGAGACCAAGGAAAAGCUACCAUGGCACCAAGUGAUGUCGCGUGAUGUCUUUGCUCCCUUGCCAAAGUUAAAACUAUUGGCAGUUCCUUCGAUUGCUUUGACAAUCGCCUACGUCAGCAUCUGCUUCGCUAGUCUCUACUGUUUCAACACUACUCUUCCUUAUGCAUACUCAGCGCCACCCUAUAACUUCUCCGCCAUCGAAAUUGGUCUCUGCUAUAUCAGCAAUUGUCUCGGAUACGCGAUUGGAAGCGUUGUUGGUGGAAAGUUGAGCGACGCUAAACUGCGCCAAUACCAGUUGACCCACGGUGGAGAGAUUCGCCCGGUUGAGAGAAUCAAGACUGUGUGGUACGGCGUUGGCUUUGUUCCCGCAGGUCUACUCAUCUAUGGCUGGUUGAUUGAGAAACAAGUGUUCUGGGUUGCUCCUCUCAUCGGAGCCUUCCUAUUUGGACUAGGACUCAUGCUUGUCACUUCAACAGUCAUGCCUUUCCUUGUUGAUGUUAAGCCGGGAGCGGGUGCCUCGGUUGUUGCUGAUUUGAAUUUGGUUCGGAAUAUUCUGGCCGCUAUUGGCACAGUGCUGUCGCCGAUCGCGGUAUCAAAUAUUGGGUUUGGGUGGUGGAUGACAAUUUUAGCGAUAAUCUGCAGCUUGUCUGUUGGUUUUGUGGUGAUCGUUGUGUGGAGAGAAGGUGCUGAAAGAAAGACGUCGGAUGUCGAAGGCACAGUGUGA